AUGGCGCCCUCCAACGUCUUCUCCUACCUGCGCCCGCACCACCGCCGCGCCCACUCGCAGCCAAACUCACCCGAGCCGCCCGUGUCCGCGUCAUCGCAGAUCUCGCCUACCACGCCCCAGCACUUCCAGGACAUCUUCUCGCCCGCCACCAACCCCCAGCUUCCGCUCCCUCCGCUCCCUCCGAACCCCCACCGUUUCCUCGCAGACCAGAGCAGCUCCGCCUCCAAUUCUCCCGUCAGCCCCUUCCCGCCCGUCCUGCCGCCCAUCCCGCGCAUUGCCAGUCGGAGCGAGCCGCCCGCGCCCCAAAAACAAGUCCCACGGAACAAGCGGCGGUCAGCGCCCCCGCCGCCUGCCAGCGCAGCCCAGAAGCUUGGGAGACAACAGCAGCAGCAGCAGCCGUCACGGCCGUUUGGUGGUCCCGGAACUGCUGCGCACCAAGGUGGCAGCAGUGCUGUUGCUGGUACCCAGCAGCUCUUGUCACCGCCGCCCGACCAGCCACGACCGUCCCCGGACUCGGUGCAGGCCCCAGACAGCUGGCGCGACCCGGCGACGACGAGCAAGAGGGUGAGCGCCCCGACGGGCUUCCGGUCGAGGGGUCAGAGAGCACAGUCAGGCGCUGGUCAAAAUGGUCCGUUGAUAGACCAGGUGCCGUCCUUCUCGCACAGUGACCCGCCCGCGCAUGCCCCCACACCGUCCUUCCAGAGCCCGUACAUGAUGAGCCAGUCCUCGCUGUCCUCCUCCGGGCUAUCGGAGAAGAUGGCCAGCUCCGGAAAGCCUGCCGCCUCGGCCCAACAUGGAAAGAGUGGCAAGAGAGGUCUGAACUUGCUGAACCCCAUGUCAUUACUGCUCAGAAGAAGGUCUGCCCAGGCAUUACAACAUCUUUCAGAAGAGAGUCUCGUCACUCACCGCAGCAACGUCGUCCCGGCAAUGGCGCUUGGGGACGACUUCGACCCGAGUAUCCGAGGUCACAUUGUGCACGACUUCAGCGCUCCCAAGCCCCGGAGAGCCGUGUCUUACGAUCCCGCGGCGAACAACUCUUUCCGUGUCAGGGAUUUUGAUCUUGGAAGGCUGUCUCGGCGGAGAGAUGACGAGAGCAGUCCAUCGAAACGUGACCGUUCACACACUCCUGUGUUCAAGGAGAAUUUCGACGACAACACCGAGGCAGACGAUGAAAGAAGAAAGUCGGCAAUCCGCGCCGAAACGCUUGCGAACCACGACUUCCUUGCACGAAAUGCAGUUCCCAGCUCGGAACCGGAGCUUCCUGCACCUCCGUUUGCUCGAACAGCCGCCAAUGCUCCGCAUCUAGCGCGGAUAUCCAUACCGCCACCGCUCGACCAAGUGCCGAUCCGCGAUGAUGCCCCGGGAGGACUGGCAACGGUUCCGGAAGCGAGCCCGACCUCGCCCGUCUCGGUGGAGUCAAAACGAUCAAGCGCCACAAAGGCGUCGCCAAAGACGCGGUCAAGAGCGACGUCUGGAGCCGACUCUAGCUUUCAACCAGCUGGCCUUCCGACGCACAUGACGAGCAGGGCCUCCCGCUUCAGCUUCCAAAUCGCAGGAGUCGAUUCAGCGGCACAGGAGAAGUUACUCGAGGAGAAGCACCGGCAGAAAGUUGCGGCACGGGAGCGGAACAGAGGUGCCGACGACGGUGACGAAGAGGAGGACGACUUCGACUACGACAAUAUAGAUGAUGACUUGUUCCCUGGGUUUGAAGAGGAGGUACCAACUAUAGGUGAAGAUUUGGAAUACCCUGACGAUUACGGGUACGGAGGCUACGGAGGCUACAGCAACGUAGGGACAGCACCCGGGUUGGCAUCAUACGACAUUAACUCGAUGAAUGUGAGAGUGCCAUUCAACAGUACUCUGAGUCCAAUCAGCGCGGGUGGGUCGUCGCUUGCUACACCACCAAUCGACGCUUUCGGCAACGUCAUUGGUUCGGCAACCGCCGACGACCAGCAGAAAGUCGCACCUACACCAAGCCCACUGAGUGCUCCUCCUGUAAUAGGCAACCACGAGGACAGCCAAGGAGCUGCCGGACUUGGACUCAUCGAGCCUGAGCAAGUCGCCGACGAACUCGGCCAAACACAUCUCAGCCCGUCUACCAGCUCAACCUCUGCACAGCAGGCGGCGCCCACACAGCCGGCCAGAGUCAACAUCCUAGACGACGACGACGACGACGACGACGAUAUGUAUUUUGACGAUGGCAUGAUUGGAGAGCCAGAUCCGCCAGAGCAUGAUGAGAAGUUUGAUGAAUCUGUUUUCGACGAUCCGAAUCAUCCGCUUUACGAACGUCCCGCACCAGUCAUGAAAUCUCCGCCGCUCGUGAAUGCUGGGCCGGAUUCCGAUGAUCUCGAUCCUGAAGAUGAGCACACGUCUAAGACUGGACUGGCACCACAUCCAUCUAUGCGUGGAAAUGGCCCGCCGUUCCAGGUCGCCGGCGAUCCUUUGGAGUUCAACAACCCCAAGGAUUACUUCAGUGCCCUGGUCCAAGCUACACACAAAGCGGAGGCAGACGGGCGAUUUGUGCGAAAGAACAGUGUUGCCACGACCAACCUGUCUGCCCCGAGCAAGGACGAGGACGACGAGGACGAGGACGAGGAGCAAGCGCAACAGACUCGGAACGCUAUGCGCGACUCACAAGACACCGCCCCAGACCUGGUUCCCGAUUCAAGUCGUGUGAGCGCUGCUACCGAAACGUUCUCGCCCAAUGCGAUACAUGAUAUCGGAGACAUGGGCUUCGAUCCAAACGCGUACGAAGAUGACUUCGGAGAUGGGUUCGAUGACUACGACAGUGCUCUCGAGGACGAUCCGAUCAUCGCCGCUGCAAACGCUGAAGCUCUGGCAAAUGACUACGAAGGCGAGUAUGGCUCUGAAUUCGGCUUUUACGCUUCUGCGGGUGGAGGCAUCGACGCCGUUUACGGAGGGUUCUUCGGCCCCAGAGACAUGAUAGGACGUAGCGUUAGCGGCCGCUACGCAGUAAGGGAACCCAACCUCACCCCCAUCACGGAACGCUCCGAGUACAGUACCCGCAACUCUUUUAUUGGCAUGGGUCCAUUGUCUGCUGGCCCCACGAGCGCCGGAAUCCCUGGGCAGCACACUUCAGCCGGCGCUCUUCCGUCACCUGGACUCGCGCAAUUGGCGCGAAUGAGUCCCUACGGUUUUCCUCCGGGCUCCGAAGACGACCAUGACUAUGACUAUAGCUUCGAGCAGUUAAUGAAGUUACGAAAGGGCGCCUUUGGUGCCGCCGGUGGUGCGAGCCCCGGCGGAAGUGCUGCCAGCAGCCCAAGGAACUCGAGUCCCCUAAGCUACUUUCCUGGCAGCUUCCCUGGUCGAAGCAGCCCUGUCGCAACCAGAGCAAAAAGUGCAUUGGAUACCUAUACGGACCUUCCUGAAGUUGAGGAAACACCGAACGAGCCCAGUGAAGUCCAUGAAGGUGACGAGGACGAUGGAGGGUCAGAUGGAGAUGAGGCUGCGCUAUUGGAAGUCAACAGAGCGGACUCCGCAUCAGACACCACCAAUCCUGACAGUAAGCGCAGUAGCUUACAACAGGAGAAAGGCAGUGCGACCAGCCCUAUUUCAUCCACUGAGAAGAAGGUACCGCAUCAAAUCAAUACCAACUACGAAUACUUCCUCCCCGAUCAGCCGGGGAAUAUCCCCGUCUCCGUCCCCACUUCCGCCAUCUCCACCACCUCUACCAACUCUCUUCCCACGAGCCUUACAUCUGCUGGCGGCGCUCACUCUACGUCAGCAUCAGUGUCGAACAUCGCUUCCGCUCCGCUAUUCUCAUCGAAUUCAUCACAACCGCUGCAGUCCAACUGCUCAUCAAUGACCGAACCCCGCCCUUCAUCCUCCGAUCAAGCCAACAAUUUCCCUCUUGGUUUUCACAGCAACGCUGCCAUCAGUCGCGAUUCCUCUCAGUCUAUCGCUGUUCUUUCCCCGCUGUCUCCGUCCUUUCCAGCUCCGUCAGCCAACUUCGCAGAUCAUCCUCACUACAAGUCCGGCGGUGGGAGACACAGCAGGACAAGCAGCGGAGGUAUGGACAGCGUGGCGUACAUCAAGGAGCGCGUCGAGACGGAAGGGCAUGGAUCGGACGGACGGCCACCGGAAUUUCGAUGGGUGCUGGAAAGGCGGAGGACGAGCGGUACUGGGGAGGUAGAGGUCAUUGGCAGAGAGAUCGUCGAGGGAGGGAGGAUUUAA